AACUGUUAAAUCUGUGAACAUGCGUACUUUAAUUAACCUAGUUUUGAUGUCUUUGAAGCCUUCCUUUAAGAUAACAAUCAGCAACUAGACGUCAACAUUACCGUGGCUCUGACUGAGGGAAGUUGGGACUGGAACUUUCUGCAGACACACUCUCCCUCUUUCUCUCUCUCUCUCUCUCUCUCUCUCUCACACACACACCCUUUGGCUGCGUGUGUGUGGUGGUGCCACAUCGAAACAGCUGGAAUAUACACUGAGCGUCGGAAAAUCUGUAUCAUGCUGCCGCUGGUCCUGCUGCAAUUGUUGGUCCUUGUUUCCUGCUCUCCUCCGCGGUGUGACCCAAGUAUCAGAGGACUGUGCAAACCAAUACUGGAAGAAAAACCCAAAUGCUCAGACGUCCAGUUGUCCUACUGCGAUGACAUGCCCUACACUCAGACCAUGUUCCCCAACAUCCUUGGACACAAGAGCCGCGAAGAGUCCGAGGCGGGGGCAGAGUACCUCCUCAUGAGCGUGGUUGAGUCCCUGCUCGGUGGAGAGUGCAACCCAGAGAUCCGCAUGCUGGGCUGCUCGGUGCUGACCCCACGCUGUGAGAAGGCGCAGGUGCUGAGGCCCUGCCGCAGCACCUGCGAGGCGGUGCGCAAACAGUGCAGCCAUGCUUUUGAUGGGAUACAGAUGGCUUGGCCCUACUUCCUGGACUGUGAUCGCUUCUUUGUUGGUGAACAAGAAGGAUGUUAUGACCCACUUGAAGGGCUUAAAGCAGAGCAGGAUGCUGCGGCCGUAGACAGCAUGGAAAUGGAGAUUUUUCCUCCAGAGGAACCUGGGACCUCGAUGAAGUUCACCUACCAUUCCAAUGCCCAGAUGAUCAGUGUCCUGAAGAAAACUGAGGAGCAGUGCUCAAGCAUUGCCAGAACCUACAGCAUUGGACGCAGCAUGGAGGGCAGGGAGCUGCUAGUCAUUGAGUUCUCAGACAACCCUGGCCAACAUGAGCUGCUCGAGCCGGCGAUGAAGUACAUUGGCAACAUGCACGGAAAUGAAGUCCUGGGCCGCCAGCUGCUCAUCUACUUGGCUCAGUACCUGUGCUCCGAGUAUCUGCUGGGAAACGAGCGUGUCCAGACCCUCAUCAACACCACACGCAUCCACAUUCUGCCCUCCAUGAACCCUGAUGGAUACGAGGUGGCUGUUAAUGGAGUCCAGGACAAUAAUUAUGAUGAUAACGAGGACACCAAUGCCCAACAGGGUCAUCGAUAUGAUACUUGGAACAUCGGACGAAACAACGCUCAGAACAUUGACCUGAACAGAAACUUUCCAGAUUUGACUUCCCUUGUUUACAGCAGACGCAAACAAAGAACCUUCCGCACUGACCAUUUCCCAAUCCCAGACUAUUACUGGUUUGGUAAGGUUGCACCAGAGACGUACGCCGUCAUGAAAUGGAUCCGCUCAAUCCCGUUUGUGCUGUCUGCGAACUUCCACGGCGGUGACCUGGUGGUGUCGUACCCCUACGAUCUGUCAAAACACCCGCAUGAACACAGCAUGCUCUCCAAAACACCCGACGAUCAGGUUUUCAAGUUCCUGGCCAAAGCAUAUGCAAACUCCCACGAAACAAUGUCUUAUGAGAACGUCAGGUGUGGAUCGUCUCAUACUGUCAGUCAGAAAGGAAUCGUCAAUGGAGCAGAGUGGUCCAGCUUUGCAGGAGGUAUGCAAGACUUCAACUAUCUUCACACCAACUGUUUUGAGGUGACUGUGGAGGUGGGUUGUGAUAAAUUCCCUCCUGAAGAGGACCUUUUUAUCGCCUGGCAUGAAAACCAAGAGGCUUUGCUCACAUUCAUGGAGCAUGUCCAUCAUGGUAUCAAAGGCAUCAUAAAAGAUGAAGAGGGAAAUGGAAUAAAAGGCGCACGGAUAUCAGUCAAAGGAAUACGGCAUGAUAUCACCACAGUUGAAAAUGGAGAAUACUGGCGCCUCCUCACCCCUGGCACCCACAUCCUUACUGCCUCAGCCCCAGGCUACACCAAAGCUAUGAAGAAAGUCCGCCUGCCUCCUGGCAUGCACACGGCGGGCCGAGUAGACUUUGUACUGAAUAAAGCUGCACCAGAGCCUGACCAGGAGGACCAUGCGGUCCCGACCAUGGACACCUAUGGCCUCUUUGACCCUUACAACCAGUACGAGCGCUACACCUUGAUGGCCGAUCAGAGCCAGAACCGCGAGGAGAGAGCAGAAAAGCCCUGGUGGUGGAACUACUUUGUCCUACCAGGUAGACCUGUCCCUACCUGGCUGUUAAAAAAAUAUUAGAGCUUCGAUAAGUGGAAGUGGAAGCAGUUUACACAUAAAUAUGGCUACAAACACAAUUAUUUACAUUAUAGAUUAUUCUGUAGAUUAUUUUCUCAAUUAGUUGUUUGCUCCAUAAAAUGUCUGAAAAUGGUCAAACCUCAAAAUGGUGUUCGUAAAGAUAUUCAGUUUCCACUGAGGAGCAAGUGAACCAUGUAAUAUUCACAUAGAAAAUUUUAAAUUAAAUUAUAUAAUUUGUUUCUAUAAAGAAAACAUGCAAACUGAUAAAUGGAUUAUAAAUAUUACUUGUAAACUACUAUCAGAUUAUGUUGCAGCAUUAUUUGCAGAAAUCAUGCCACCAUCACCAUAUGUGCUACUUUUUAACACUAAUACCUAUCAGAAAUAUGUAAAGCUAGCUGGCUGGUCUUCAUGUUAGCUGUCACACUUUUUGGGCUCAUUGAAUUCAUGAAAUCACAACAUAAACAAGUAUAAUCAGACAGGAUUUUACCCAGAGCUCUCAGUCUCUAAGCUUUUGCUGUUACUAUUAAACAGCUUCACUGUACAGCCUUGAUGAAAUGCAAGGCAGUCUCAUGUUUGUAUUUUCACAUUACAAUUUUAUAGCAUAAAUAAA